UUUCUCGUGAAGUUCGCUAGUGUGAAGUAAAAUGUGGUUAAGAAAAAUAUGAAGGAAAAAUUUUCGUACCUUCUCGUUUCUAUAAUAUCAAUUAAUAUAGCUGUCUCAUCUCCAUUCAACGUUUCAAAUAAUAUAUAUCAAAAACUCUCAACAGUACAAAAUGGUGCUUAUUUGUCUGAACCGCAAGAUUUGUCAAAAACCUUGAAAGUAUUAGAAUUACUUGAAGAUCCUUCUUAUCCAUUAAUUAAUACAAUUAAUACAGCUCACACUAAAGAAGAAUCAGAAGCUUUCAAUAAAAUAUUAGAAGGGAAGAAAACAGAAAAUGAAAGUAUAAAAGAAAAUAAAACAGGAACCAUUGAAAAGAUUAUAUAUGCAGAUACAGUUACUGAAUCGACAACUGUUAGUCAAGAUGUUAAAAAUAAACAAACUAUACCCAUGAAAAAGCAUAAGAAUGGAAAAGAUCUUAAAACUAAAUCUUCAGCAUUAACAGAUCUUAAAACUAAAACCACUGCAUCACCAAACAAAAAACCUACACUAAACGAUGGAAAACCUACAAUAAUUGAAAUGAUGAACAAGAAACUUAAAUUAAAUGCAACAAUUAAUCAAAAUUUUGAAUUGCCACCUACUAUGAUACCAAUUUUUAAACCAAGAUCAAUGGAAACUAAUUAUAUGGGCAAUAGAGAGAUAGACCCUAAUUUUAUACUUCCAGAACCCAUUACUGAUCUAUCAAAUUCAACAACUGACGAGAACAAAAUUAUACUAAAUCAAAAUAUUGACCUUAUAGACCAUGUAAUAAAAGCAAAUCCCGGUCAAGAAGAUAUACCUAAUACAUCUUAUGUAAUCAAGUAUUUACAAGCAAUUAACGGUGACGAUUUGACCCAAAAUUCUGAAAUUAAACCUGGCAUUCAAGGUCUCGACAAUUCGCCAAUAAAUGGAGUUGCAAAUUCUAAUUUUAUUUCAUUACAACGUCAUCAGGAUGUACAAUCGGAAAGAAAUCAUGUAACAACUAAUAAAAAUAAUAAUCCAUAUUUUAAAAUGGUGGAAUUUAUUCCAAUUGGUGAUAUACAAAAUGCUGGUUUCACAAAUGCAGUUCUUAACGAUUACAAUAUUCCAAAUUCAAACAUAAUACAUUCCAAUAGUCUCACGCAAAAUCAACAAAUUUCAAUUGCCAAAUUAAAUGAAAACGCAGGAGGAAAACAGGACUUUAUUCCGAAAACAUCAACGUUCUAUAUACCUUGUCAGAAAGCAUCUGAUGUUCUAAACGAUGCUCCAGCCAGUUCUAUUAGCUGUGCAAGCUUGACAGAAGCAAAUGUAGAAUCUGUAAUAAAAGAUUUAAGUGCUAAUUUUCAAAAGCAACAUUUGGACGAGAAAGUUGCAAGCCUGAAAACCCCUAAUAAUUCGGUAGCAAUCCUAUUCAAGACAAAGGAAAUAUCAUUACUGAAGUUGUACGGUGAUUUGUUGAAAAAAAUCACAAUAACUGUAUUAGUACCGUAUCAUAUAUCUAAAUUAGGGCAGGAAAUUUAAAAGAAAUAAUAAAAAAUCAAAGAAAUAUAACAAAUUUAAAUAUGGACUAAAAAUACAAAUACACUUAUAGCAAAACAAUAUGUCAUAAAAGAUUUUUCUCAGUGUGUUAGAUUUAUUGUAAAUAACGAUGUAAUUUAUUAAUUUAUUACUAAAAUAAAAGUUAAUCUUUA